AUUCCCCAGUUCACAGCAAUUCUGCACCUGCAAAUCUGGGAUCGGGCUUUCCCACAGGGAAUUCCUUAGAUGGCACGUCCAACUACCUUGAGUCUCCCCUCAGUGCUUCAAGGACUCUCUCCUCGCCUAUGAACUCAGUAGCAUCUGUUAAUACAAUGAGCUCUCCGUACAGAGUGCUCACGUCCUCUAUGGGAUCGCGUUCUGUUCCUUUGUCUUCACCAGCGGGCGUGAAUUUUGCUGCACACACUAGCCCCCAGCUUAAUGUCAUGAAUAGUGUCAGCAGCUCUGAAGACGUCAAGCCACUGCCGGGCCUGCAAGGGAUGGGAGCCAUGAAUUACGCAUCCACAAGCCCAGGAUCGCUGACCAAGCACAUCUGUGCGAUCUGCGGGGACAGGUCAUCAGGGAAGCACUACGGGGUAUACAGCUGCGAAGGCUGCAAAGGCUUCUUCAAGCGGACAAUCAGGAAGGACCUCAUCUACACAUGUCGCGAUAACAAGGACUGCCUGAUUGACAAGCGUCAACGGAAUCGCUGCCAGUACUGCCGCUACCAGAAAUGUCUAGCGAUGGGGAUGAAGAGGGAAGCGGUUCAAGAGGAGAGGCAGAGAAGCAGAGAGCGGAGUGAGAAUGAAGCUGAGUCUACAAGCAACUGUGGCAGCAGCAAUGAAGACAUGCCCGUGGAGAGGAUUUUAGAGGCUGAAAUGGCUGUUGAGCCCAAAACCGAAUCUUACAGUGAUGUGAACGCUGACAACUCAACCAAUGAUCCUGUCACCAACAUAUGCCAUGCGGCUGACAAACAACUCUUCACGCUGGUGGAAUGGGCCAAGCGAAUCCCACACUUCUCAGACUUAACGCUGGAAGACCAAGUUAUCCUUCUCCGAGCAGGUUGGAAUGAGCUGCUGAUCGCCUCUUUUUCCCAUCGCUCUGUCUCCGUCCAGGAUGGCAUCCUGCUGGCCACAGGCUUACACGUACAACGGAGCAGUGCGCACAGUGCCGGAGUGGGCUCCAUUUUCGACAGGGUCCUUACUGAGCUGGUAUCCAAAAUGAAAGACAUGCAGAUGGACAAAUCUGAGCUGGGGUGCCUACGAGCCAUUGUCCUGUUCAAUCCAGAUGCCAAGGGUCUGUCUAGUCCUGCAGAAGUGGAAUCACUACGUGAGAAAGUUUAUGCAGCUCUGGAGGCAUACACCAAACAAAAAUAUCCUGAACAACCUGGAAGGUUUGCCAAGCUCCUCCUGAGGCUGCCGGCCUUGCGAUCUAUCGGCCUGAAAUGCCUGGAGCACCUGUUCUUCUUCAAGCUGAUCGGUGACACCCCCAUCGACACCUUCCUCAUGGAAAUGCUGGAGACGCCGCUGCAGAUUACUUGACCCUGAAAAUGGAUUGAGGAGGUGUAGAAACGAAGGAUGGGACAGAGAGGCUGAAGGCUAAUGAUGGUUUCCACUUAGGCUGGUGUGGUCCUGGUCUGCCUGUGCAGGGUGGGG